AUGGAUCCUUUCCGCCCCCGGUGGCGAGCCAUGGACCCCGCCAAGCGGCGAGAGGCGGAGCGGUAUGCGCCCCGGGCGCCGACGUCCUCUUGGUCGCUGCCACCGCCCUCCGCGCCCCCCAGCGCCGGCGCCUCCCGUCUGGGGCCCCCGAACCCUACGCCGUCUUUGGCCUCAUCCCCACCGUCCCAACCGCCCGCGACCCCGCCUUCAUCCAACCUUCUCAAUCGCCCCCACCCCCGCGACCCGUGCUCGCCCGCCUUCGCCGACGCCGCCCGCCUCGUAGCCGACGCGUGGGCCUUCCUGUCAGAUCCUGACCGCAAAGCUUCCCUCGACUCCGCAUACGAAGCGUUCGAAGCUGCCGCAACUCCUGUACCCACCGCUCCCUAUAUCUCAGAAGAGAUGCCAAAGCGACCAAUUGGUCAGAAGGUGGCUAAAGAGGCAGCUUUAGCUGCAAAAAGACGGUCAAAACGAUUCAGGUCAGAUGAUGAUGAUGAUGGCAACUCAAAAGAAUCUGUAAUUGAUCUGGACAAAUUAGACAGAUUUAGCAAAUCCCAAGAGGAAACAAAUGCAAAACGCAUCAAGGUACUGGAACUUCAAAAGAAGUUGUUGUCUGAGAAGCUUGAGACCACAAAACUUGCCCACCUUACAGCACAAGAGACUAAAGAGGGAAAAAAAAAAGCUUAUUUUAGAGGCAAAGAAGGUUGA